UUCCAUCAUGGCAGCCCAGAGCGACGUGGACGAACUCUUCGAGAUUCGCAACGCUUUUUACCUAGGAAACUUUCAAACAUGUAUUACCGAAGCGCUGAAAUUGAAGCCUUCUUCAUCUGAAGUGAAGUUGAUGCGAGAUGUCUAUAUGUACAGAGCUUACCUUGCAGGGCGUAACUAUGGCGUUGUCUUGGACGAGGUGACGUCUUCAUCACCCUCAGAGCUCCAGGCAGUCAGAAUAUUUGCUGAUUACAUGUCUUCACCCAGCAGGAGAGAGAAAAUAGUUUCUGAGCUUGAUAAGAAGAUGAGUUCCAGUGUUGGUGUUGAUAACGAUACAUUCCUACUGAUGGCUGCAUCGGUCUACUAUCAUGAAGAGAACUUUGACGCUGCUUUAAGAUGUCUUCACCAGGCAGAGACGCUUGAGUGUCUUGCCCUAACAAUUCAGAUCUGUCUUAGAAUGGAUCGAGUCGACCUCGCUAGGAAGGAACUUAAGAAGAUGCAGGAGAAGGAUGAUGAUGCUACACUGACUCAGAUGAGCCAAGCAUGGUUCAAUCUAGCAGUGGGUGGAGAGAAGCUCCAAGAUGCCUUUUACAUCUUCCAGGAACUUGCUGAUAAGAACGCAAGUACACCCCUCCUCCUGAAUGGACAGGCUUCAGCAUGUCUACAACAAGGCAAAGUUGAAGAUGCUGAGAGUAUUCUUCAAGAAGCCUUGGAGAGGGACAACAACAAUCCAGAGACUCUUAUUAACAUGAUUGUUCUAUCACAGCAUCGAGGCAAAGCCCCAGAGGUUAGCAACAGGUACAUCUCACAGUUGAAGGACUCCCACGCUAACCAUCCCUUCAUGAAGGAAUAUCUGGCAAAGGAAGCUGAGUUGGAUCGCCUAUCUAAACAGUAUGUUUCAUCAUCUGCAUGAGGCGUGGAACCAGACUGUAUAUAGCCAAUUAUUACUAUUCCCUCUUCCUGGUUAGUUUGUACAUGGGGUGGUGGAUGGAUUGUAGCAUGGGAAGAAGGUUGAUUUGGGAUGGCGGUUGGCUCAAUAAGCUGGGCUCGAUUUCACAAUAAGAUUCAUCUUAAGCUGAGUUGUCUGUAUUUACCAUCGUGAUUUGUAUUGUGACAUCACACUUUGCUUAGCAAUUAGGUGUUGAUUUGAAGUUAAGAUCAAUCUUAACUCUUUGUGAAAUCGUCCCCAGAAGUCAUUGUUGUAUAUGAAAGAUUUACUCCCCCCAUCUACACCCUUAUGAUCCCCUUGUAAGAUUGAUAAAAAAAAACAAGUUUUAUGUUCAUUUGGAGGAAUAUUUCUUUGUUUCUAGUAGCACUAUUGGUAUAGGCCUCCUUGAUGACAUAAUAGAAGACCACUCUUAGUUAGCUGGUAAAGUCUAGCUAGAACGAGGAACCCCCUUUUUUUGGGGGGGGGGGGGGGUCGGCAGGGGUCAGAGCUGUCUUGAGUGGCUUUUCUAGAUGUAAUCUUUCAUGUGGAUAUUUGCUAUCGCAUCUAGGCAAUUAAAAGUUCAUCGUUAUUUUUUUGUAAAUUACAAUCUCACCUUUGUUGUUACUCAGUUUAAUUUUUUUUUCUCAUCAAUGGUUGUCAAGACAAAUAAACUGUCACUUGGGACGGCAACCACGGUAGUCUUGUCCAAAUUGACACAUUCUUUGUUUCUCUUGAAAGGACCAACAUGUUAUGUUCUAAUGAAUAUUUCAAGUACUUUCCUCACAUGCUCUGUUUUCAAUAUUACUCAUAAGGGCACUGUCACUUCAGUGCCAGCUGUACUUUUCGCCUCUAAAAUCAUGUGUUUUAAAAGAAAUAAAUAGUGUAAUAACUAA